AUGCCGCCUCCCCAUUACGACUUCCUUAUCAAGCUGCUACUCAUCGGCGACUCUGGCGUCGGCAAGUCAUGCUUGCUAUUGCGCUUCUGCGACGACGCUUGGACACCGUCCUUCAUCACGACUAUCGGAAUUGACUUCAAGAUUCGUACUAUCGAGCUCGACGGCAAGCGGAUAAAGCUCCAGAUUUGGGAUACGGCGGGUCAGGAGCGUUUCAGGACGAUCACGACAGCCUACUACCGCGGCGCCAUGGGUAUCCUACUCGUAUACGACGUCACGGACGAGAAGUCAUUCAACAACAUCCGCACGUGGCACGCCAACAUCGAGCAGCACGCAUCCGAGGGCGUCAACAAGAUCCUCAUCGGAAACAAGUGCGACUGGACGGAUAAGCGCGCAGUGACAGAGGAGGCUGGCCGGGCACUGGCCGACGAGCUCGGCAUUCGCUUCAUGGAGACGUCGGCGAAGGUCAACGAGGGUGUUGAGGAGGCGUUCUUCUCGCUUGCGCGCGACAUCAAGGCGCGUCUCAUCGACACUCAGGGAGAGCCCGCGGCGGGUGGCCCGGCGCAGGACUCGGUGAAGGUCAACCAGCCAGCCGCACAGGGUGCAGCCGGCGGAUGCUGCUAA